GAGGGGUCACGUGGGCCGGGGCCCGGCGCUACUCUCGGGGCCCCGGUGCGCCCCUUGGCUGCCGGCUUGGGUGCUGGGUCGCGACCCCGGUCACCCGGUCGUGGCGCGCCCGGUGCGCUCUGGCCAGGUUCCCCCGGACGCGCCAGGCUGGGGCCGCCCCUGAGCGCCCCGUGGGGGCCAUGGAUGGUCAGACCGAGCAGGGGCAGGGGACCCCUGGACCCCCACCGCCAGGUGCCCUCGGGGGACCCGGCUUGGGCCACGGGCCGGCCCUCGGAGGGCGGCGAGAGCCCAAGAAGUACGCGGUGACCGAUGACUAUCAGUUGUCCAAGCAGGUGCUGGGCCUGGGUGUGAACGGCAAAGUGCUGGAGUGUUUCCACCGGCGCACUGGGCAGAAGUGUGCCCUGAAGCUCCUGUAUGACAGCCCCAAAGCCCGGCAGGAAGUAGAACACCACUGGCAGGCCUCAGGCGGUCCACACAUCGUGCCCAUCCUGGACGUGUAUGAGAACAUGCAUCACAGCAAGCGUUGUCUCCUCAUCGUCAUGGAAUGCAUGGAAGGUGGUGAGUUGUUCAGCAGGAUCCAAGAGCGUGGAGACCAGGCUUUCACCGAGAGAGAGGCUGCGGAGAUAAUGCGGGAUAUUGGCACUGCCAUCCAGUUUCUACAUGGCCAGAAUAUUGCUCACCGAGAUGUCAAACCUGAAAACCUGCUCUACACCUCCAAGGAGAAAGACGCCGUGCUUAAGCUCACUGACUUUGGCUUUGCCAAGGAGACCACUCAAAAUGCCCUUCAGACACCCUGCUACACUCCCUAUUAUGUGGCUCCUGAAGUCUUGGGUCCAGAGAAGUAUGACAAGUCAUGUGACAUGUGGUCUUUGGGUGUCAUCAUGUACAUCCUCCUGUGUGGCUUCCCACCCUUCUAUUCCAACACGGGCCAGGCCAUCUCCCCAGGGAUGAAGAGGAGGAUCCGCCUGGGCCAGUAUGGCUUCCCCAAUCCCGAGUGGUCAGAGGUAUCGGAGGACGCCAAACAGCUGAUCCGCCUGCUGCUCAAGACGGACCCUACAGAGCGGCUGACCAUCGCACAGUUCAUGAACCACCCUUGGAUCAAUCAAUCCAUGGUGGUCCCUCAGACCCCGCUCCACACUGCCCGAGUGCUACAAGAAGACAAAGACCACUGGGAUGAAGUAAAGGAGGAAAUGACCAGUGCCUUAGCCACCAUGCGGGUAGACUACGACCAGGUGAAGAUCAAAGACCUGAAGACUUCUAACAAUCGGCUCCUCAACAAGCGGAGAAAAAAACAGGCAGGCAGCUCCUCAGCCUCCCAGGGCUGCAACAAUCAGUAGCUUGUGGGGCCCCUGGAGGAGCGCUGAUGGCUCAGCCUGAUGACCGAUGACAGACAGGGUGCUGAGGCACUGACCAGGAUGGCCACAGGUCAUUCUUUUAGCAAAUGGAUUUAAAAAAAAAUGUUUUAAUUUGUCACUUGGAACUUCAGGAUGAAGACUGCUUUGACCCAGAAACCUCCUUCAGAGUCCCAGCCCAGGCACAGGUCCCGGAGAGAGGCUUGCUCCCUCUGGGCCUAGGGAAGGGCGGAUGCAGAGAAUAAAUACACCCUGGGCCAAGCAGGGCCCGAGUGAGGCCCUGCCCUGCCCUGGUGCCUCGUCUUCAGCCUUCUUGGCCGCUGGCCUGGUGGUUGGGGCUCUCCUCUUCAAUGGAGACCUCCCCCCACUCCGGUGUGGGCAGAUGGGCCUGGCCUUGGGAAAGGCAUCCCAUCCGGCCACUGGUCGCCAUGGUGACCAGGGACCCGUGGUGGCUGUCUGUGAAUGCUGAGUGAGUGAACAAGAGAAGGAGCUGCCACCAAGAGUGUACCUCUCCCUUCUUGGGGAGGCUGAUUUCUCUCACACUGGCUUCCCCUCUGAGUGUGACUCACCCUUCUUUGGGCUCCAUGAGGUUGUGGGGUGCAGCCCCGUCUCCUGAGUGGUCCAGCCCCCAGGCCAGAUGAUACUCAGUACUGUAUUCCCCUCAGGGAGUCCUAACCAAUCCUUUUACCUCCCAGUCCUCAAAGGGUAGUAGUUUUUGCAUCUCAACCAAAGGUAGGGGAAUAUCUUUUUUUU